AUGCUGGACGCUCAGGUGGAGAGUAAGAAGCGCCACGGGUCACUUCAUACAGUCUGCUCGGACGGGCUCCCUUCAAAGGUGUCUGGGACCCUCGGCUCCAGGCACGCGACUCUACUCAAGCAGCUACUAACUAAACCGUUCAGAGUUCUGAGAGGAGCCCUACAGGUGCACCUGCUGAUCAAAGGAUCGCCAGCCUCCCAGGCAGCCCCUCUGCCAGUCAGCCAGGUAGCUAGCUUCCCAGCCAGUCCCUCUACCCAGCUCCCCGAGUCAGCCCUCCGUGAGGCUGACAUGGGGGCCUCACAAUCAGGGUCCAGUGAGGCCCGACUCCCUGUGCCCCACACCCUGCGGACGUCAGCCUGGUGUCUGGGGAACACCUCCUAUCCUAUCUUCAGGUCGGGGCUGCUGACAAGAGGCUUCAGUUCAGCAGGAAGGCACCACGGGGUGGGCAGAGAGGCAGAGGUCAGCCUGGGCCGCCAGGAGACUCGGAUGGCUGAGAAAAAGGAGAAACGGCUCACCACGGAUGAGCAGGUGAGGCCCGAGGGCCACUCUGACCUGCGGCCUGGGCACUCCGGCCAGCCUCCCUCGUACCCAGCGGCCUGCGUGGACAUUACAGGCAUGUGGCUCCGGGGCCCUGUGGUUAACCAGCGGCCAGAGCUCAAUGCCAGCCCUGGAAAGGGGGAAGUCGGGCCGCAAGUGCCAAGUACAGCCACCAAUGAUGUGUGCAGCCACCAAUGCCGAGCAAAGCCACCAACACUGAGUGUGGCCACCAGCACCAAGUACAACCACGAAUGCUGUGUGCAGCCACCAAUGCUGAGCGAAGCCACCAAAACCGAGUACGGCCACCAAUACCCAGUGCGGCAGCCAAUGUCAAGUAUGGCCACCAGCACUGAGUGUGGCCACCACACCAAGUACAACCACCAAUGCUGUGUGCAGCCACCAACACUGAGAGACGCCAUCAAUGCUGAGCACGGCCACCAACACACAGUGCGGCCACCAAUGCCAAGCAUGGCCACCAGCGCUGAGUGUGACUCCGAUCCUGAGCAUGGCUGA